AUGUCCUCUUUCACAGCAUCCAAGAUCCUCAUUUUUGGUGGCACGGGAACCAUCGGGCGCUACAUUACGACAGCCCUCCUCCGCAACAAAUCCGCCUUCCAACAGCUGUCCCUCUUCACAUCGCCCAACAGCGCCAAAGAGAAGGCCCAGCAGCUGGACAAGUGGAAGUCGGAGGGUCUCCAGAUCAUUGUUGGCGACCUCACGUCCGAGGAUGAUGUCAAAGCCGCGUACAAUGGCAUUGACACUGUCAUCUCGGCGGUAGGCAGAGGCGGCCUCCAGCACCAGAUCAACCUCCUCAGGCUGGCCGAGGCCUCGGAGACUGUCCAGUGGUUCCUCCCAUCCGAGUUUGGCACCGACAUCGAGCACAACGAGAAGAGCCCAAACGAGCCCACUCAUCAGCUCAAGCUGCAAGUGCGCAAGUAUAUCCGCGAGAACCUGAAGCGGGUCAAGGUCACGUACGUGGUGACUGGUCCUUACUUCGAUAUGUGGGUGGACGCCGCCCCUGGUCUUGAAUUCGCCGGCGGGUUUGUCCCUGGGAAGAAGCAUGCGCACUUGAUCGAGGAUGGCAACGGAAAGGUCGGGUUUUGCACAAUGCCGGAUGUUGGCAAGUUCGUGGCCGCCACCCUGAAAUCGCCCGAUGCGUCUAUCGGCAAGGCACUCAAAGUGCAGAGUUUCGUCGUCACACCCACCGAUGUCCUGGCCGAGUAUGAACAACAAACCGGCGGCAAAUGGGGGGCCACCCUGACACCACUCGACGAGAUCAGAAAGGCCGAAGCCAAGUUAUGGGAGGAGGGAAAUCCCCGAGCGACGCUUGUCACGCUGCGGCGGAUCUGGGCUGAGGGAGGCACCUUGUAUGCCCAGAAUGAUAACGACGUCGUUGCGUCUCACCUCGAGGAACUCGACUCCCUUGCAGCGGCGGCCGAACUAAACGCACCCCAAGAUGUCAUCACUUGCCAAACGAAGUCCGUCACGGUGUCGCUCAGAGAGAAUCUGAUGUCACUCGUUUCCAGCUCUAGCACGAGCUCAACCGCACCUGCCGACUGUAUCCCCAUGACCGCGGCGUCCUUCGCCGCCAUCUCGGCCGUAUUCACAGUCGGUGGCCUUGUCGGGGCGCUGGCUGCUGGCCCAUUUACAUCGCGCCGUGGCCGCUGGCUCUCGAUGCAGGCGACGGCCGUGUUCUACCUCCUCGGAUCGACCAUCGAGACAUUCGCCGCGUCGGUUCCCGUCAUGAUAAUCGCCCGUUUCCUCACAGGAAUCGGUGCCGGCGCUAGCACGGUUAUCGUGCCGCUGUACAUCAGUGAGGUGGCUCCGCCUACGAAGCGUGGCUUUUUCGGCGCCUUCACCCAGAUCAGCAUCAACGUCGGUAUCCUGUUUACCCAGACCUUGGGCUACUUCAUGAGUCACGACAGUGCCUGGCGGUGGAUCUUCGGCACCGGUGUUAUCGUUGCGGUUGCGCAAGCCCUCGGCCUGUUGAUUGUUCCCGAAAGCCCGUCCUGGACGGCGAAUGUGAAGGGUGACGUUGGCCGUGCCCGCCGCACGCUGCAGCGAAUUCGGGGCAAGAACAACAAUAUCGACGAGGAAGUGGAGGCCUGGGGGGCGGGUGACGGAAAACCGCCUGAUGAACGAGAGCGGUUGCUGGCCGCGGAGGAGGCGGAGUCGGUCGAGGCUGGCGCCGGGCUACUGUCGCCGUCAUCCCCCGGUUCACGGUCACCGAAGGCGCACCUGGGCUUUGUGCAAGUCGUACGUGACCCGUUGUAUCGGCCGGCGAUUAUUGCCGUGGUGGGUAUCAUGUUCGCCCAACAGCUGUGCGGCAUCAACUCCAUCAUCAUGUACUCUGUUUCGCUUCUUAACGACCUCCUCCCGGUGAGCUCGGCGCUCCUGACCAUCAUGAUCUCGGUUAUCAACCUGGGUACGACCAUGGCCGCGUCUCCGCUCCCGGACCGGCUCGGCCGCAAGACUUGUCUUUUGAUCUCCGUCAUCGGCCAAGGCUCGAGCUCCUUAGCCCUCGCCCUCUCUAUCAGGUUUGGAUUGAAGAUUAUGUCGGCAGUUGCAGUUCUCCUAUUUGUUGCUUUCUUCGCGAUUGGUCUUGGGCCCGUGCCGUUCAUCAUGGCCUCGGAGCUGGUCGGUCCUGAAGCUGUUGGCGCUACGCAGUCUUGGGCACUGGGAGCGAACUACAUUGCGACCUUCAUCGUUGCAUACCUGUUCCCCAUCGUCAAUCAAGCUUUGAACGAUGCCCUGGGUGGUGCCGGAUGGGCUUACUUCAUCUUUGCAGGUUUCGCCCUUCUGUGUGCGGCCUUUAUUGGGAAAAGCGUGCCUGAGACGAAGGGGAAGAGGGAUGCCGAUGAGGUUUGGGGCCGGACAAGACGCACCGACUGA